CGCGUUUUCAUAAAUACAGUGAAAAGCUAAGUUGUGGGAAAAAAUCUUGAGCCGUCCUGCUGUUGUGAUGAUGUCCCUUCGAACGGUAGUUUUGUUCCUGCCCGUUUUAUUUGUCGGUUCGAUCAAGUCAAAUGACCCAGAAGAGCCAACUAGAUUUAAAAGAAUCAUCGUUGGCAAUGGCUCUGCUGUGCUGCCUCCACGACCACUACCCAUCGGGAAUUUGUCCAGCGCUCUAGGAGAAGCAGAUUGCUACCUUGUUAACAGCCGUUUCUAUUGCAUUAGCCAAUUUCUGGCUAGUUUUACGGAUUCCAACCGAUACUGCCGUGAAGAAAACAUGAAACUGCUUUAUUUAGAAAACGAAGAAGAGCAUGAAUACCUUUACGAUUUUAUGGGCAGCAACUACCGUGCGUCGGGCAAACUGUUACACAAAACAGACUUCGCCAGUGAUGAAGACUAUUCUGCUUACGUUUUCGAUAACAUAAGUCCGGGAAUGUUGGUGAAAUGCAUAUCUGUGUGUGGAAGCCAAAUACGGCCUUCUGUAGACGAAGGUCGAGUGCUAGAUUACGAGGACCGUGAGUAUAUAGGAUUGGCCGUAAAAGUGCAAUGGAAAACGGGCAUAGUUAGGUGGUAUCCGGCGCAGAAUCUGAUAAUGGGUGCCUUUCGUAGUCAAAAUAACAGUAACAAUCGCCGGCCGGCUGAAGGGGUGUUGACCCUGGAAGAGGAUAUAUUUGAGCCAGGCGAUAAGGUACGUAUUCGUCUAUCUGCUGACAUGUCAGUGGACAAUUUAAUGGCACCUCAGCAAACCCAACGAAGCGAGAUCGGGAUUAUCUCAGAUUUGGAUUUUUCUGGUGGAAUUGGAUUGGUCCACUUCCCGAGUAACAGAGCAUGGCGAGGUCCUUUGGCUUCCUUGGAAAUAGUCGAUAAGCGGAAAGGACUAGGCACCUACUGGACAUCAGGGAGAAGGAAUAGGCAAAAUAAUUGGCUGUGGACAAGCAAUAAUGAACGUUUGAGUUACACCAAUUGGGCUACCGAAGAACAACACUCGGUACAUAGAGGAAACUGCCUCCAAAUUAAAUAUCACAAACACGGAAAAUGGUAUUCUGCUAGCUGUGCUGACCGAAAUUAUUUUAUUUGCAAGAAAUGAAUGCAUUAUUGCACGAAAAUUUAUUGGUGGUGAACAAGUGAGUGCCCUUAACUUUUCAUUAAUUACCAAUUUUGAAACAUUAAAAUUCUGUCCAUCUUCAAGAAUUUAAAUUCUUUUCGUUUUUAGUUAAUUUUUAGUCAUGCAAUAUUUUCAUUUAGGAACAGACUUAUUAAAAUUUAUGGGGAACUAAAUAACUUACGACACGAAUUUGAGUUAAACUCGUCGGUUUAUAUCUGGCGCUAGUUGCCGUCCAAUUUCAUUUCUAUCACUACCAGGGGAUGUGCAGUUGGACAUUCCUCCAAGCUGUUCGGAAAGUUCGGCCUUUAAAAACUAUCUUUGGCAUUGACUAUUACCAUUUAUUAUCUGGACAUUCAUUGCUGAAACAGGGUGCAAAUAUUUUUGGAGCUUUUUCGUUUUUUUCUGGAAUUUGAUGGCCUUGGCGCAUAAUCUGCCUUGGUCUUGGCUUGCAUCGUUAAGAAGGAACGCCAUUUCGCUGUCUUUCCCUCUCAUUGCCGGCAUUCUCAUCUACUCUGAUUAUUCCUACACUCAAAAGUGUAAGGCUCGCAAAGUUUCUCUAGUAAACGGACAAUCCGAAGAUCUUGAAAAUGUCCAUGGUUAAAGAACUUUCCAUGACAUGGAGCUUUGUAAAGCA